AUGAGAGAUACAUUCGUGAAUUUGGCUGUUAUCCUCUGUUCCCUUCUAACAACAUCGAUAUUUGCUGAGCACAAUAUUGAAUUGCAGCCUCUUUUCAGCGAAUCACACCAACCUACCGGAUAUGCUAUACCUGCAAUGAUAAUUACCGAGAUACCAGAAAUAGAGCUCAAUCUGCCUUUGGAUCUUAUCGCACUUAUUUGGGUUCCUCAGCGCCCUCAUUCUGACCUUCAUCUGCCAAAUAGCGCAUCUUACGUACAUAAAUCUUGCGCUAAGAAACAGCAUCCUCCAUCAAACCGCUCAUCCAGUUCAGACAUUGGGGAACAAGAAUGCGGUCUCAUAAAUGUUUCUGCAUGCCGGAUUCAUGAUUAUAUUUUG